CAAUUAAGUCGACGCACCACGAGACCGGAAGUUGCGUAAACGAAUUAUAUCAAACUUGACAACAACGUCUUGAAAUUCGCUAUCUUUGUUUUUAAAACACUCGUUUUUUUAGCAAACUAAAGAAAGGGAACAUGUCCGACAACGAAGGAGAUUUUGAUGAUGGAGACUUCGAUGACGCUGAAGAGGAUGAGGGAUUAGAUGACCUGGAAAACGUUGAAGAUGAGGACCAGGAGAAUGUGCAGAUCCUGCCUGCAGGGGAGGGGUCGCAGGCCAACCAGAAGAGGAUCACAACCCAAUACAUGACCAAAUAUGAGAGGGCCAGGGUGCUGGGGACACGUGCACUCCAGAUAGCGAUGUGUGCCCCAGUCAUGGUGGAGCUGGAGGGAGAGACAGACCCUCUGCAAAUUGCUAUGAAAGAGCUAAAGUGCAGGAAGAUUCCCAUCAUCAUCCGGCGGUACCUUCCUGAUGGCAGUUAUGAAGAUUGGGGCUGUGACGAGCUCAUCAUCACAGACUGAGCCAGACCAAACCGGACUGCCAGAGGCAGGGCCAGACCGCCUCACAACCCACUAGGUUGGUGUGAGUGCAGGCUUUUGUUCCAGCAAAGCAUUAACACGCCUAAUUCAACUAAUCAGGGUUUAUUUAAGACUAUGAUUCAUUGAUUAGUCAGAUAUUUUUUGUUACUGCUUGGCUGGAACAAAAGCCUGCAUAGAUACUGGUCUUUUGCUAUAACAUCAACCACCCCUUCACUGGGCCAACCAGCUCCACAGACACAGGCAACCAGGAGAGUGAAGUCACCAAUUGAUAAGACUUUUGGAAUUGUAGGCCUGUGACCUCUCCCACUGUAUCUCCAUUUAUUUUGAAAGCAUUGGAGCAUAGACACUCAAUGAAGUGAAAGUAGGGCUUCUAAGAGCUAUGUACUAUUAUUACAGCUGUAUUACAGCUGUCAUUCACAAGGGGGAAUUGUAACUCAUGUCUACAUUUACAUUGUGUUAGGAAAACAUGUCAUUGUGAUUAUGAAUAGUUUUGUGACAGGGAAGAGCAGUUGCUGUGAAAGAGCUCUUCGUUUGUUUUAUUGUUGUGAUUAAAUAGUUUUGUAAGAAAGUA